AUUUUGAAGUGACUGGGACGCGCUCGCAUACCCGGAAGUUCACUUCACAACAUCAACUGGCGGGGGGGGAAAGAGGAGAGGACACGGAGAAAAGAAGUAGCUUUAAUUAAAACACCAAAGUGACUUUUCCAAACAACCUUUUGGAGUAAUUUCAGGCGUCCUUUUAACAUUUUCAAACUCACUUGCAAAUGUUCUGAGAGCAGAUAGUGUCAACAUGGAGGCUAUUGUAAAGAACGUGGAGCGGACCACGGAGCUACUCGCUGUGUCGCAGACAGAGACGGUGCAGCGGUGGGACAAACAGACCCUGGACAGAGCCUUCCAAUGGACUCAGUACUGCCAACACGUCUACACAAGGUUCCAUGCAAAUCCAACCGUCAGGGACAUCUUGGAAAAACAACUACAGGUGACAAACGAAAGUUUACGAACAACUUUUCAUGGGUAUACGGACAUCACGUUUUCUGACCUGUCGCAGUGUCAACACUUGCUGCUUGUGGGUUUACUAAACAACGCCGCUGUACCGAGCUCAGUCGUCAAACUCCUUUUCGACACUAUAACUGUUGGAGGUAAAUAUAAAGACGCCACCGGUCAUUGCACUGAACUCAUAGAAGUGAAAUCAGCAUGUAAAGUCUUAAGCGCCAUUCAUUUGAAACGCAGUACGUCCUUUCCCGGUUCUGAUGCUGACGUGUUAGGCAUGACACUGAUGGAGAUGUUGGAUAUCCUGCUCUCUCCAGCUACUGGCGCGUCCAAGGUGGGCCUAGCAGAGAAGUUAUUGGACAACCUCUUACAAACCUGUGGUGAAAAUGAAAACUUCUCAGGAGUCGUUGCUGCUGCUCUUCUGUCAAGGAAAAACAACAACACGGCAGCAGCAACAACAACAACAAAAAUGGCUUCAGAAGGAGUUUCAUUCCACUUUAUCCUGGAUUGGCUGCAGCAACACCACAGUUUACUCCAUAAUAUGUGUUCCACGUUGCCUAUUGGUCUUUUGAUGGACCUCCACCAGCAGUCGUUGAGGUUUAGAGUGACCUACGGUGACAUGUUGAAGCAAUGGGGGUCACAGUUGGAGUAUGACGUGGGAGAAGGAGAGUGGGUUCAAAUGUAUACCACCGACGGGGUGUCGUUCAAGACACUGUCUGACCAUUAUAGGUCGUUGCUAGGGGCUUGUCCGUCAACAAAGGAGGACGUUGAGAGAGAGCUGACAGAACUGAAGGUUGCAGAUGGGGACUUUGAUGUUAGAGGUCUGAGUAUUUGGGGUGACCUCCUCUCUGAGCUGAACACGGUCUGAGUGUUUGGGAUGGUCUUUUUUAAAUUUAUUUAAAUUUAUUUAUGUAUUUUUUUUUACCUGAAACGUUAAUUAUCUAAAAACGUGUAAAACAUCAUCAGUUGCCAUCAGUUGAGACACAACAUAAAAAUAAACUAUAAACAGUUUGACAACUCUGUUUGUAAGCUUCUAAAUUAAAUCAAACUCCAACCUUUUAUAUUUUCCAGUAAUGAAGACAUUACUGGAAAAGUAAUGGGGUAUGCAGAAUAGGUCAACUUUGAUCACUUUUUAUCUCCUGAAUGUUUUGGUAACUUUAUGACCACUUCCCUCCAUGUAUGGUAAGUUUAAAAAAAACUUUUUUAUGAAAGCUGUCAAAAAGUGAAUUGAAAUGGAUUUACCCCCUCUCUUGAGCAGAACAAAGCCAUGUGUAGCCUCAUCAGUAUCCUGUCAUUGGGCAGUCAGUGUUCGUUGGACCAAAUGUGGACGUUUGGCCUCGUUAGAUACAAUUUAUUUAAAUUUAUUUGUUAAAGGAUACAUGUUUUUGUGCUAAUACAUUCAUAUAUGUUUGUAUCAAUAACAGAAUAAAGAGGACUUUCAUUA